AUGGAGGACUCCAAGGCCGCGCUGGCCCGGAGAUUGAUCGACGCGGUGAGCGAAAUCUCGUCGAUUUCGGACUACCGGAGCUCCGUGAAGAAACAGUACACGAAUCUAGCUCGGCGGCUGAAGUUGUUGACCCCAAUGUUCGAAGAGAUUCGCGAUUCGAAGGAGCCGCUGCCGGAAGACUCUGUUCGGGCACUGGAUUCCUUGGCCGGCGCUCUUGAAUCGGCGAAGGAGCUGCUCCGGUUUGGAAAUGAAGGCAGCAAGAUUUAUCUGGUGGGAAGUGAACUUUUGGGUCUGAAGUUCAUCACAUUAGUGUUCUUUCAGCUGCUAUUGUUAUGCUAUGCCCCCACUCCAAUGACGGAGUGGUGUGCUAGAUUUCUACCGAACUGCCUCUCGAAAUUUGAGAAGGUGCUGGAGAGAGAACACAUCAUGACCACAUUUCAAGAAGUGACGGCUGCACUGGAGCAAGCUCUAAGUGCCAUUUCUUUUGAUAAACUUGACAUAUCAGAUGAGGUGAAGGAACAGGUUGAGCUUGUUCUUGCUCAGUUCAGACGAGCCAAGGGAAGGGUUGAUGCCCCAGAUGUCGAGCUGUAUGAGGAUCUUUUGUGGCUGUACAACAAAGACGCUGAUUCUGCCGAAGAUCCAGUUGUAUUAAGGAGAUUGGUCGAAAAACUACAGCUGGGCGGCAUAGCCGACUUAACUCAAGAAUCGCUAGCUUUGCACGAGAUGGUAGCUGCAACUGGUGGGGACCCGGAAGAGAACAUAGAGAAAAUGUCGAUGCUCUUGAAGAAAAUUAAGGAUUUUGUGCUGACGGUGAAUCCAAAUAUUGAGUCCACUGCAUCUGAAAAGUCAACCCCAGCAUGCAGCAGUGGGAAAGCACCGACUGAGGGAAUUCAGAAAAACCUCGUCAUACCGGAUGAUUUCCGCUGUCCUAUCUCCUUGGAGUUGAUGAACGAUCCCGUCAUUGUCUCAACAGGACAGACGUACGAAAGGUCGUGCAUCGAGAAAUGGCUAGAAGCCGGCCACGCGACGUGCCCCAAGACCCAACAAGCCCUAUCGAGCACCUCCCUCACCCCGAACUACGUCCUCCGAAGCCUCAUCGCCCAGUGGUGCGAAGCCAACGGCCUCGACCCCCCCAAGCGCCCGGGCGGCGGCAACGGCGGCCCCGCCGACUCCCGCUCCACCAAACCCUCAUCCUCCUCUUGCUCCCCCGCCGAGCGCACGAAAAUCAGCUCCCUCCUCCUCAAACUCACCUCCGGCGUCCCCGACGACCAGCGCUCGGCCGCCGGCGAGCUCCGCCUCCUCGCCAAACGCAACGCCGACAACCGAGUCGCCAUCGCCGAGGCCGGAGCCAUCCCCCUCCUCGUCCACCUCCUCUCGUCCACCGCGGACCCGCGCACUCAAGAACACGCGGUCACGGCCCUCCUCAACCUCUCGAUUUGCGAGGACAACAAGUCGGCCAUCAUCUCGUCGGGCGCCGUCCCGGGUAUCGUCCACGUGCUCCGCAAGGGGAGCCCCGAGGCGCGCGAGAACGCGGCCGCCGCGUUGUUUAGCCUCUCGGUGGUCGACGAGAACAAAGUCACGAUCGGGGCCUCGGGAGCCAUCCCGCCGCUCGUCGCGUUGCUCAACGAGGGGACGCAACGCGGGAAGAAAGACGCGGCCACGGCGCUAUUCAACCUAUGCAUCUACCAAGGGAACAAAGGGAAGGCCGUUCGGGCGGGGGUCGUCCCGACGCUCGUGAGGCUCAUGACGGAGCCAGGAGGAGGGAUGGUGGACGAGGCGCUAGCGAUACUCGCGAUACUCGCGAGCCACCCGGAGGGUCGGGCGGGGAUCGGGAGCGCGGGGGCUUUACCGGUUUUGGUGGAUGUGGUCGGGGGAGGGUCGCCGAGGAAUCGGGAGAAUGCGGCCGCAGUGCUCGUGCAUUUGUGCUCGUCGAGCGAUCAACACCUGGCGGAGGCACGGGAGCUUGGGGUCGUUGGCCCGUUGAUGGAGCUGGCGAGAAGUGGGACGGAGAGGGGAAGGAGAAAGGCCGCGCAGCUGCUCGAGAGGAUUAAUAGGUUCGUGGAAACGCAGAAGCUGGCGGCGGUGGAGGGAAACGGGCGAGAUGGGCCGCCCGCCUCGUCGGCGGAUAGUAGCUGACACGGGAGUGUCGCGGGAGGGGAUUGUUCGAUGGGAGCUUGUGAUGAGUGUGGGAGGUGGAAGAUCACCUAUCCCGGCGCGCCCGGUUUCUGUCGAGGUAAUUUAUCUUUUCUUCCUUUUUUUUUCAAAGUCUGUUGUCUGAGGAGGAAAAACGAGAAAGCGGAAUCAGAUGAGUGCGGAUUACAGGGUUGAUCGCCAGUCGUACCUUGUAAAAAAUAUCAAGUGUAAUCAUCCAAAGUAUUUAUUGGACAAACAUUUUACUGUAUUACUAUCUUGAUAUGUCCACAAUGUGUCCUGCUAACUUGUAAGAAUGCAUAUCACAUUCUGAUAGUAAGAACAAUCAGCUAUUUUUUACAUUUCAUGCAAACAUAUAAGAAUAUCCUGAUGAUGGCUUUAUGUCUUGAACUUAAGUUAAUGUUUCAUCAAAAUCUUUUCAUUUCUUGUGGAAAAUAGCUUUAUGACAACGAAAAUUACCUGACUAUUUGUUUAUCUUGUUUUGGCAAAACCUAGUUCACUCGAAGUUGGCCUUUUGUUUAUGCAUGCAUUUUAUAGAUCUUAUCCCUGGAGGAUCACUCAAGUUAUAACUGGUUUUGGGUUCAACCUGAGGGCUGAGGGAUAACUAUAAGUGAUUACAACCUCAUAUUGUGAAGUUUAAUGGUUUCAUCUUUUAUUAUUGUUAGCUGUAGAUGUGCACAAAGCUACUUUAAAUUUGCUUGUUUAAGCUAGUUGAUUGGGCUGAUGUCGUUCACUAAAUGAGUCGAUAAAUGUACUUGAUUUGUUAAUGUUGACAUUAACAAAUUGAAUUCGAGUCUUAAAGAGUUGAACGAGUUCAUAAAAUUAUGCCAAAUUAUUUUUCUUGAGCCUAAUUAGACUUAGCGAGCUUUAAACGAGUCGAGCUCGCUCGCUUAAUAACUCUAGGCUUGGCCUCUCCCAAAAAGAACAUAUUGUCUUUCCAUGCUCGUUCAAAGUAGUCCCAUGCACUACCUGCUAGCUGAAAGCGAAAUUCUUCUUUUUCUUAUUCUUGACGUGAUUGAACCAUCUCCAUUAUUAGAUGUCUCUAUUAAAACAUCCGCUGCAUUAGUUACAAUUCAAUGAUUCAUAGCUUUUAUAACCAUCCAUAAAUAUUCACGAAAGUUGGAUAAGAUGGCCCUUAAUUUUUAUGAAAAAACAAGAUGUUCGUUGAAUGAUAAGAAAGUAAUUUUCAUAUAAUAAAAUCUCAACUUUAUCAUUUUUUAGAUUGGAUUUGAUUUAUUAAGUUUCAUUAGUUUGAUUAGCCAAUAUUUUAUCUUACUCAAAUUGCGAAUAUUAAUAAAAAAAG